AUGGACGUUUCAAAUAUUAAAAAACAAAUACUACAGGCAAAUUGGAAUAUAAAUAUUAAACAUAAAAUUGCAAAAAACCUAGAUCAGUUUCUUGGACCAAAUGCUGACCAAUCGGAGCUUAAAGAAGC